AUGGCGUACGGAAAUUUCGCUCAAGGAAAUCAUAAACCUACUGCUGUUAUAGACUUACAGCGUAAUGAUGGAUCGAACCAUUGGUUAGAUCAGUUCGAUUCGUUGAUACGCACCGCUAUGGAUGGGUGCAAAAUGGCGGAGAAUUUAGCCACGUGCCACCAAAAGCGUCCCUGCUUCAAGAAAAUAGAUAGCCUGUGUGCCCGUUUACGACAAGACUUAGUGAAGAGCGACAACGUCAUGUCGAAUAUCAAUUCGCAGGGACUGGCAUGGGCGGUGAAGGACUUUAUAUUCGUAUUUACCAGAAUCAUGAACGCCUGGAUCAUCAUCAAAGGCUAUGUGCACAGCCAACCAGAAGCUUUGACUUCCAUUCAACGCGAGCUUUGUCCUAAUUUCUUGGAUGCGUUUGGCCACUGGCAUCAGGCUACUCACGGGUUGAUUCAAUCGUUAAUCAAAUCUUUCAUAAACCUGAACAACCUUGCUAAAAUGCAGCGUGGAAGCGGCAAUGCAUUUUCAAAAGUCGAGGAACCGAUGGCAUGUUCUGUCGAUGCCGGAACCAUUGGAAGAGGCUCAGACAAUGGGUCGGAUGAACCGGGAGAGUCUGAAGUCCUUGAAAUAUUUGAUGGAUCAUAUAUUCCCACUGGAGUUUAUAUUAAUACUCCUAGAUGCCCACCUGGAUUCGAUGGGCAUGCUCAAAGCUCCAAUAAUGGCCAUGACUCAUCGCCUGGUGGACAUGUUUUAAAAUCUGUUUUUGGAGCCAAUUCUCUACUAAACCAGAAUGAACCCGCAUUUAGCCAGACACAAUCGAAGGAAAGAUUAAAAAGCUUCGAAAAUGAGAAUGUUUCGGAAGCAAAGAUUGUUCAACGUGAUUAUAUGAAUCAAGUACACAGGAAAGCUUCGAAAGACUGCAUCAGUUGGGUGCUAGGUAAAGUUUGCGAAAUUGAAGAGGCACAAUAUUUGUACUCGACGAAUUUCGCUAAGAAUUAUUUUCCCGAUUACCACCUGAUUGCUAAAUACAAGUGCGAUCUUCAAACGAUCUACAGAAAAAAUGAAAUGGGAGACUAUUUCAUGCUCUCGGAUUUACUUGAAGAUUUACACCGAGUUGUAGAUACAUGUAAAGAUUAUUUGAAUGCGUCAGGGCAGUUUGAGCUUUGGAGUCAGUUUAAAAUCGUGCAUAAGUAUAGUACAGAAACCUCAAAAAAGGAACUGGAAAACUAUCCCAAGAUGCAAACGUUCAUCAAGAAGAUGGAAUCAAUUUUCAGCAGCGCAGAGAGGCAGCAAGAAAUCAUAAUGCAAAAAAUAAUAUCUACAGCUAAAAAUGGAGUCUCAACCGAUGAUUAG